UUUAUCGAGACUGUCUCUUUGGUAAUGAAGUAUUCCAUGCUAAGAAUGUAGAUACUAAGCGUUGGAUAUUAUCUGAUAAAAUAACUAGUUUCCCAUAUUGGCAUUGGCGUAUACAAGCAUAUAAAAAUUUUAUAUCAAAUGGAAUAUCUCCAGAGUUGGCUGAACAAAGAGCUUUAAGCAUUAAGCUCUCAAAGAG